CCUUCUCCGCCAUGUGGUCGUGUGUUUGUGUGUUUGUUCGUCCCGAGUCUCCUCUGAUCGGACGACUUUUCUCGCAAGCAAAAAGGGGGCAUUAGCUUUGAGCCCAAGAUGGCUUUGUCUCCACUCGACAAGGGACAACGUAGUAACGUAAUAUCGACGAGCCGUUGGGCUUGAUUUUUGCAGGCGCGUCUGAUUACUUAAGGAUAAGAAAGAGAAUGCAUCACGAAACCUGCCCAGACAGAGGAUCGUGUUCUCGGAGGCAAGAGUCGAGUGUUCCCUAGACAGCCCAAGCAGACGCAUACACCAUGGCGCCGAACAGGAUCCUGAAGCACUUCAACAGCACCCUGGCUGCGGCCUUUACCGUCAUCGCCAUUUCAACCUUCAACUACGGCUUCGACAAUGCGGGAUACUCGACCACGCAGGCCAUGGACGCGUUCCAGCGCCAGUUUGGCGACCAGAAUCCCACGACCGGCAAGUGGAAGCUGCCCACCGGCUGGCUGGCGCUCUUCAAUAGUCUCAACUACAUCGGGUUCGCGGCCGGUGUCAUCAUCGGCAGUCUCGUCAGCGCCCGCUGGGGCCGCCGGUGGUGCAUGUUCGCGAUGAGCGCCUGGGCCGUGAUCCCAGCGACGAUUGCCGUGACGUCCAACACCCGCGAGCAGAUUAUGGCCGCUCGUAUCCUCAACUACAUUUACGUUGGUAUGGAACUGGCCGUUGUUCCCGUGUACCAGUCCGAGAUCGUGCCAUCCGAAAUCCGUGGCUUCGCCGUCGGAUCGUACCAAUUUAGUCUCAUGUUCGGUACGCUUAUCGUCAACUCUGUCUGUAGAGGCACCAGCACAUUGGAAGGAAACGCCUCCUGGCGGAUCCCCAUGGGCUUGUUCUACGUGAUUCCCGUUAUCGUCAUGGGCCUGAUCUUCUUCAUCCCUGAGUCGCCGCGGUGGCUAUUGACCCAGGAUAGAGUCGAGGAGGCCCAGGUAUCUCUCAAGAAGCUCCGAGCCGGAACCAUUUCCGACGCCGAAAUCGAGGAGCAAUUCGCAUCCCUGCAGUACGCGUUGAAGCAGGAAGUCGAGCAAGGAAACUACAUGGAAUUGUUCAAGGGGAUCAACUUGAAGAGAACGGCCAUCGUGGUGAUGAUGAACUUUCUUCAGCAAGCCACGGGACAAGCCUUCGCCUCCACCUACGGAGCCAUCUUCAUCAAGGACAUCGGCACCGUCAACCCCUUCACGAUGACCAUCAUCAACGCCAUUGUGAACCUGUGCAUGGUAUUUGUUGGGUUGUAUCUGAACGACCGUGUGGGACGCCGCCCCCUGCUUCUUAUCGGAGCCGUCUGGCAGUUUGCAGCCAUUGUGACGAUGGGUUCUUUGGGCACCGUGGUAGAUCCAUCGUUUGCGGUCAAGACCAGCAUUGUCGCCAUGCUGACAGUCUUUGCUGCCGGUUACGUAUUUGCAUGGGCACCUCUCAACUACGUCGUCACGACCGAAAUCCCUGCCCUCCGACUCCGCGAUGCGUCCCAACGAACGGCCUCCAUGGUCAACGUUCUGGCCAACUUCUUAGUCAACUUCAGCAUCCCCUAUUUGCUCUAUACGCCAGGUGCAGGCCUAGGAUCCAAAGUCGGGUUCAUUUUUGCAGGCAUCCUGGUCUUCGCGCUUGUCUUCACUUGGUUCUGCAUCCCCGAAUGCAAGGGCAAGUCCCUCGAGCAGAUCGACCGGAUGUUCAACGAGGGCAUCCCUCUCCGAAAUUUCGGCAAAUACAAGCCUGAAGACGUAUUUCAGGACUCGACAGAGGAUGGCGAGAAGGGUGGCGUGGUUGUCAUGGCACGGCACGAGGAGAAGGCGUAACGCCCAUCGAAUUGCUGCAUGUAUCAGCCACCUGGUGGUGGUCCGUCCUAGUCUCGAUUUACUCAAGGAAUGUUGCUCGUCCCGUCUCCUCAUCAAGCGUUUUGCAGUGAACUGCCAGUGAACUGCGUCCAAGAACCCAUAAUAUCGAGAUGAAUCCUAACGCGAA